CUUCUCCCACUUUCCAAACAGGCCAUUGCUCUUCACUCAUUGGUUGAACACUUAAACCUCAGAAGCCGAAACCACCUAAAACCCCAAAAUUUUCUUCUAUUCGCACUCCAUUGUUAGCACUUAGCAGCCAGCAGCCAUGAAGAAGCUUACUCUUUCUCCAGCUCGUAGUUUUUGCCGGUCCAAAUCCUCCUCUCUACUCCGCUCCUCUGCAUUGAGAUGGCUUUCUUCUGAUUCAAAAUCAAUUCCAGAUCAAUCAUCUCAAUCUGUGGCUAUCCAGCCAGUAUCUUACCCUGUAAAGCCUAAAGACGAGGCACCUUCAAAUGAAAACGAAACCCCUUCUCAACAACAGGUGGCUUCCCAAUCACCACCAUCACAAGAAGAGCAACAACAACAGUUUCCUAGAAGAACCCAAGAAUCACCAUAUCAAGAAUCCCGGAUGCGUUGGACUCGGGAGGACAUCCGAUACGUCAAAGAUGCGCCUUCAAUAUCCCCUGUAUCCUAUCCAGCACGCGUUGCUCCACUACCGGAGGAUAGGGUUGACGCUGAAGGUGGAGGAGGAAAAGCUGCGGCGGAUGAUAUGGAUAGAGAGAGUAGGAGGAUUGAGGCGGAGAACCGGGGGCUUAGGAGGAUAUUUAGGGUUGCGGAAGAGGAGGAGAAAGUGGUAGUGCCUUUCCCUAGAUUGAUCCUGCCAGAGAAGAAGGAAAAGAGACCACUUUUUGAUUUGAUGGAUGCUAUUAGACAAGUCAAGACUAAUGCAAGGACUGCUUUCGAUGAGACUGUUGAAGCACACGUAAGAUUGGGCAUUGCUAAAUCUCGUUCUGAUAUGAUUGUUCGUGGUACAUUGACUCUGCCUCAUGGUGGUAAGAAGGCUAUCAGGAUAGCUGUCUUUGCUGAAGGGGCAGAUGCAGAUGAAGCUAGAGCUGCAGGAGCUGAUGUUGUUGGUGGUAAUGAACUUAUCGAUGAAAUUGCUAGUGCUGGCAAGAUUGACGUUGACAAGUGUUUUGCAACUAUUAAAUUGUAUCCCCGCGUAGCAAAGCUAGCAAGGAUUCUUAAUCGUUAUGGACUUAUGCCAGAUUCGAAACAAGGAACAGUGGUCAGUGAUGUUUCUAGGGCUGUGAAAGAUGCAAAAAAGGAUCAAAUUAAGUUUAAAAUGGACAAAACAUCAAUCGUGCAUGUGGGUCUUGGAAAGUUGCAAUAUUAUCCACAGGCGAGUUUCACAGAGGAAUCUUUGCGUGAGAAUGUUGGAGCAUUUAUGAAUGCACUUUUGCAAGCAAAGCCUGCAGGCCUUAAGAAGACUUCCAAAUAUGCUGGGUAUGUGAACAGCUUCCAUAUAUGCAGCACGAUGGGACCAGGGUUCCCUGUUUCAAUACAGUCAUUAUCCAAGGCCGUGGAUCACUACAACAAAGCGCUCCUUAAGUAAUGUGGUUGCCGCAAAUUUCCGGCAUUAUUCUGUGUCUCUAUUUGUCUUUCCUUCCCAUUAUCAGGUGUUGACACUAGUAAAAAACAGUUGGGGGCAGCUAGGAUUAGCAUGGGAGUCAUUUCAUUUUUGCACUCAUUUUGUUCUUAAUGCUUUCAUCUGAAGCUUUGGCGUUGAGCCAUUGGCAUCCAUCGUCUUGAGUUCAAGCAGAUCCAACAGCGAUUAUUAUUAUUACUAUUAAAUAACACUCUUCUUGAGAAUGUCAACGCCAAGACAUUACCGAUGUUAUACCAUAAGCACUGAUUGAUUUGCA